AUGGUAUGGGCUACCAGAAAACUUAGACACAACUUUCAGUUUUAUAAGGUCAUAGCGGUAUCAAGGAUGGAUCUAGUCAAGUAUUUGUAUGGAACACCAGCACUAGUGGGGAAGCUAGCAAGAUGGUUAAUCCUGUUAUCAAAAUUUGAUAUUGAGUAUGCUAUGAAGAAAACCGUCAAAGGACGAGUAGUUGCAAAUUUUCUAGCAGUAUAUCCAAUUGAAGACAAUGAGCAAUGGGAGAUUGAUUUUCCCGAUGAGCAUCUGAGCUUGAUAGAAAAGAAAGAAUGGAAGCUUUACUUUGAUGGUUCAACUUAUAACAAAGGAGUCGAAGUAGGCGUCUUGUUAGAAUCUCCACAAGGAGAAGUUAUCCCGAUGCUGAAAAGAUUACGGUUUGUAGUUACGAAUAACAUGGCAGAACAUGAUGCCUGCUUAUUUGGGUUAAAAGCUCUAAUUGCCGUUAAAGCUAAAGAAGUUGAAGUUAAUCAAAACUGGUAA